UGAAGAUUAUGUAGAAAUGAUAGAUUUUACAUAUCUGAGUACAGUAUUUGAUGAAAAUAUUGAAUAUAAAGAUGCUGAUGAAGAUGUUGAUAUUAAUUCUUCUACCUCUCAUUGCAAAAUUCAUAUAAAUAUCUCUCAAAAUUGUGUUAAUCUUAUUUUAUGA